AUGCUGUUUGCGUUGGAUCGUAUCAAUAACGACAACGAGCUGCUUCCGAAUAUCACUUUGGGGGCCCGCAUUCUGGACACGUGCUCGAGGGACACCCAUGCGCUGGAGCAGUCGCUGACGUUUGUCCAAGCACUGAUUGAGAAAGACUCCACAGAUGUCAAGUGUCUCAGCGGCGGACCGCCAAUCAUCACCAAGCCGGAGAGAGUGGUGGGGGUGAUAGGCGCGUCUGCCAGCUCCGUCUCAAUCAUGGUGGCCAACAUCCUGCGUCUCUUCAAGUGCCGGGAUCUUAAAGAGACUGUUGUGUCAGCCCCAGUGCCACUACGUAUCCUCAAUGCACCCUCAGCAAGAGAAAGUUUGGCUGCCUCCGGGCUAAGCUGCUUGGACAACAUCCAGGCUCCAGAGCAACAUGGAGCUUCCCUGGAGUCUCUACACUGUGGUGGUGCUGAGAGGGACGCGAGCAACAGCAAGUGGCGGUUGGGAUUUAGCCAGGAUAAAAAAAACAGUGAGGAGUGA